UCAAGCGACUCAUAAACUUGAGCCAUCAUUAUCUCUUCUUAUUUGUUCUGCGGUUUCAUAGAAAAUGAGUUUAGUGACAAGAAAUGGAUACACAAAGAUGGACAAGGAAGAUCCAGAAGAGUUGAAGCAUCAACGGGCUCAGUUUUUGAUCCACAAAGUAUUAGAGAAAGCUGAUCACUCAAGCUCUCGAAGAAAACCCUCAUUUCUGAGGAUCCGAUUAUGCAGACUAAAGCUCAAAAUUGGGAAGAGGUUUAAGAAGCUAAGGAAGAGCAUGUUAGUAAGUGGCGUACGUGCAGCAAGAGUUAUGACUCAAUUCAAGAUGUGGAAGAAUGUCUUUUUUGGCGUCGGAGACACCAUUUCCCCUCUUCCUGACCCUCAUAAUUCCUUCUCUUGACCUUUUCUGCAAAAAUUAACACAGACAACGUGUUGGGUUGCUGCGUUCUAUAUAUUUUGAUUUCUUCUUGUUGUCGUCAAGCAAUAACGAGGCUAUAUAUAUAUAUAAAGCCUCUUUAACAAUAUGUAGAGAAAGAGAGCAAGGUUUCUGUCCUCCUGCAAUAUAAUUAUUAAUUGUCCAUUUUCAGAGA